GUCAACCAUGAACUGUCAAAUAUUUGAAAUAUUGCGCCAAUUUUCCAUAAAAGUGCUUUAAAAAAGCUCGAACUAGUCCUAGAGUUAGAAAAGCACUUCAAUAUUACAUAAAUUUAUACGUUCUUGGUAGAUUCUGAAAAUAUCUGUGACGACAUCUCGACAAAUAAAAUCGAACUGAACGACCUCCAGGAAAAAGAUGGCGUCUMCGGUAUACGUAGAAGAAGAGCUAGGAAGAAAAUGGGACCGGUGUUUUUCAGAUGCACUACUUAAGUUUGGAGGUGGGAUCGUUUUAGGAUCAGUCUUUUCUCUCUUGUUUUUCAAAAGAAGACGAUGGCCUAUUGUAAUGGGUGGAGGAUUUGGUAUAGGAAUGGCUUAUUCAAAUUGUGAACGGGAUAUAAAUGCUACCAUUCGUGAUCGAAGUCUCUAAUGUAUUGUAAUUUUAGUACAACAUUAGAUUAUACUGCCGCUGGAAUUCUUUCCUGUAAUAAAUUCUUUUGUAGAGUGUAAAUAAAACUUAUGUUAUAACUUUA